AUGGAUUUGUGGGACAAAGACUAUGAGAAGGCAAUACAAAUAGGGAAGGAAAUUAAAAAGAUAUUAAAAAAAAAUGAAAAGGAUAAAAAGAAGGCAAAAAACAGGGCUAUUCUAAGAGGGAAAAUAACGGAAUUUAAUCAAACCGUCAGAUUUCUGCAGCAUCAGCUAAAUAAUGAUUAUAUAAAAAAUGACAAACUGUACAGCAGAAACGAAUCUAAGUAUAAGGACAAAAUAUGCACCCUAGAGAAAAUGAAAAUAGAUAUAAUGAAUUUGUAUGAGGAUUUCGCUUCGACUAAUGAGGAGGAUGCUGCAUUCAACAUAAACAUGGAUUUCCUAAACGACCUGGACAACGAAAAUGGCUCAUAUUUGAACGAUUUAAACAGGGAGGAGCUACUCCUGAAGCAACAGAAUUUGAUGAAGUUGCAGGAUGAGCAACUGAGUUUUUUAGAAGGCACUACGCACAACUUAAAAAAUAUCAGCUACAACAUAAACAACGAAUUGCGAGUACAUAAUGAACUGUUGGAUGAUAUAGACAGGGAUGUUGAUGAGACGAACAAUUUGCUUAGCAGGAACAGAAACAUUUUCGAAAGAGUAACAAAUAAUACGAGUAAUUAUUUUUUGUAUGUAAUUAUCGCUGUGUUGACAACGUCACUUGUGCUUUUCAUAAUUAUUCUCUAG